AUGAAGUUGCCAUUUGGAUCUACUCUAGUGACAACCCAGUGGUUGCGUGAUGUCGUCAGACUGAACCUCCCAGACAAGAAAAUUUUGGAUGCAUCUUGGCAUCUCCCAAAUACAGGGAGAAAUGCAUUAUUGGAAUACAAUCGUUGCCAUAUUCCAGGUGCAGUCUUUUUCGACAUUGAUGAAUGUGCUGACAAAUCAUCAGGGCUGGCCCACACUGUGCCACCAGCAGAAGUUUUUGAAGCUUAUGUAGGAGCAUUAGGUAUCAGCAAUGACACCCAUGUCAUUAUUUAUGAUAAUCACCCACAGUUUCCUGUCUUCUCAGCUCAGAGAGUUUGGUGGACAUUUCGCUUAUUUGGACAUAGUAAAAUUUCUGUUUUAGAUGGAGGUCUUCCUAAAUGGAUCUCAGAAGGAGGAGAGGUCACAGAUAAACUGUCAUGGUUUCCCAGGAAAACAUAUGCGGCAAAGUUCAAUCCGGGGCUUAUCAAGUAUUUCAAGGACAUUGAGACCAACAUACAUAACCCAGAGUUUCUUGUUGUAGACGUCCGACCAGAAGGUCGCUUUCAAGGCAUUGCAGCAGAACCGAGACCAGAUAUUAAGCCUGGCUGUAUACCACACUCAGUCAGUCUUCCAUUCACAAAAUUCUACGAUUUGGACAACCGCUCAAUGAAGUCGGCCGAACAACUGCAGCAGAUAUUUGAGGCCUCUGGGAUUGAUCUGAACAAAAAUAUUGUAGCUUCCUGUGGAUCAGGCAUAUCUGCCUGUUUAUUGGCACUAGCAGGGCAUCUGUGUAAUAAAGAUGACAUUGCUGUUUAUGAUGGAUCAUGGACGGAAUGGUUUGCCAGAGCUCCAGAUAACCUGAAGAAGAAUAUCCCUGUAUAG